CUCUUGAGAGUAGAUAGAAGCGGAUCCACCUCCGUCGUCAGUCCGAUCCCUUUCGAAGCGGUGGCGGCGUCAGGGGCGAGUGAGUGAACGCGCCCGCGCGUUCAACAGAAAAAGAGAGAGCAAGAAAGUAAGAAAGAGAAAGAAAGAGAAAGAAAGAGAGAGAAAGAGAGAGAGAGUCCGCAUCCAUCGGUGCAUUCAAGGUGGGCGGAUGCCGCUGUCCGCGUCAAGGACACGUGUCCCCGGGCAAAGGAGUUGAGAACAAUGAGGAUUAUUUCACCGUGCCGAGAAUGCAAACUCCUCUUUCGUUACUUGCAUCGUUAUCAUCGUUGGCACAGCUUCUCCGUGAAUUUUUUUUCUUUUAUACCAAUCAUCGAAAACUUGACUUUUCGUCAAGAUUUUCAGGGUCACGUUAUAGAAAAUCAUUAGAAAUUGAUCGUUGAGAAGAUUCGUCGAACGAUCUAUCGAAAAUUAAAGAAAGAUCUGAUCGAUUUGUCGAGAAAACCUUUUCGUAUCUUUUCUUUUCGAACAGACAUUCCCCGAUCUCAUACCUCACACCCACCCCUUACCCUACUCCACCCUCCGGCUACUUAAUCUCUUGGAAUUGAUCGAAAUAGAUUCGGAUAAAUUCAAGAAUAAUAAUCGAACUUGUUUCUAGGGAGAUAUUUUAGUGACAUUAGAUAUGAAUCAUUUCGAUUGGAAACUGUUCCGUCGGAAGAUGCUUUGACCGAAAUUUGGAAUCGAAAAUUGACUGUGUGUGUGUGUGUGUGUGUGUAUAUGUAUGUGGGUGUAUUUUUUUUUAUUUUGUUUAUUUUUUUCUCGAAAAGAUAGUAAUAAUAAUAAUAAUAAUAAUAAUAAUAAUAAUAAUAAUAGUAAUUAAAGGGGAGGGAAAAAAGAGAUAACAAGAAAGAAAAGAAAAGAGAAAAAUAUAAAUUAAAAACAAUUCAAAAGCAUCAAUUGGUGGUCGAAUAGGAUUUUUUAUUUUUCUUCCUCUCUCUUUUGUUUUUUUUUUUUUCGUCGGAGGGAUUUCCUCUUCCUUUUCUUUUCUAUUUUCUUUCCUUCUUUCUCGCCCUUGCCUCAUUUUUUUCUUUCCUUUUUCCUUUUCAUCUUUUUAUCUUCAAGUUGAAAAAUAUCUAAGUGAAAAGGGAUUGGAAUUUAAAAAAAGAGUCGAAGAGAGAGAUAGAGAAAGAGAGAGAGAAAGGGAUAAACCAGUUUGGAAAGGACGAAUCGAUUGGAUCGUUUUUAUUGUUGUUGUUGUUAUUGUUGCUGUUGUUGUUGUUAAAUUCGUAAAUAAGGAUUCACAUGGAUGCGUAUAAUAAUACUACAUCUAUGUAGAACUUUGACUUUUCGGAAGGAUGUAAUUGUAAAAACGAAAAAAAGAAAGAAAAACGAAGGAAAGAAGAAAAGGAAGGAAGGAAAUGGCGAGGAAUGAAAAGUCCCUAGAAUCCUGUUUAUCGAUUACACUUGAAUUGAAUUUAUCGAUUAUUCUUGAAUUGAGUUAAUUCGUGAGUUAAGAGAUUGGAAAAAAAACGUAACUAGCGUGAUAGAAAAGAAAAGUAAAAGGGAAAAGAGGAAGUGAUUGUAAAAGAGAUUAGAAGAAAGAAAAAGAGAGAAAGAUAAAGGAAGAAAAUUGAAGGAAUAAUAAAAGGUAACGAAGAAGUAUGAAUGAAUCAUUUAGAUCUCGUUUCGAAACUAUUACCUUCGAAUAAAAAACAUAUUUGUACGAAUAGAUCAUGAUUACAUUCUUUGAAAAUAAUAAACGAUAGAACGGAAUGAAAAGUUCCUAGUACGGCGAAGUAUCUGUAAGAAGACAUGUAAUUAAAAUAUUCUUCGAUUUAGAAGAAUAAAAAGAAGAAAAAGAUAAGAUCCUUAUAAAUCUGAAGAGGACCAAGAACGAAUAAAAGACUGUAUGAAAUUUAAAAAAAAAAAGAUAAAUAUAACGAUAAAGAUAAAGAUAAAAAUCAAGAUAUAGACAAAGAGAUAUGUACUAAAGUGUUGAAUCAUCAGUAAUGAAUCAUUUAGAUUGGAAUUAUCUCGUAUUCUACGUAAUAACUUAAGAUUCUUUUUUUAAAAUCUAUGAAUCAAUCUGAACGAAUUUUCCAAGAGCUAAAUAACGAUAGAGAAUAAUGGAAAAGUCCCUAGUUCCUUCGAGGGUUCUUCGUUUCUAGGACUUUUCUUUUUUACAACUUUUACAAGAUCGAAUAAAUAGAAAAAUGAUACUUCGGCAAUUUGAAGAAUAAAGAAGAGGAGAGUAGGAAGUUCAAGAAAGAAAGAAAGAAAGAAAAAAGGAAGAAAGGAAGAACAGAGAAAGAGAAAGAGAGAAAGAAAAAGAGAAAGACUAACGAGCCGAACAGGAUGAAUCAUUUCGAUUGGAAGCUUCUACGCCGGAAGAAGGUGAUACCGGCCGAUCGUCGUUUACCAGAGAAAGAAGAAAUAUGGACAUUACCGAAUGAUCAACAAGAAACAUCAUCCACAUCGUUAGACGAGCUCGCCGAUGAUAAAUCCAAAGUAUCGCAGGAUUUUGAGAAAAAUGUGUCAUGCAAAACGCAACAAAAAGAAUCAUUAAUAUCGGAUAAUACGGAUAACAGCGUGGACGUUAAUUUGCCACGUAGUCAGGAAACAAGGAAGAGUAAAACCAAGAGAGUUAAGAGUUAUCUUCGAAAGUGCAAGGGUGCAUUGUCGAAGGGCGACGAAAGCGUUGCCGAAAAGAAACGCCAAGAGAAUUGUACGUCUUGGUAUCUCGAGGAUAAUCAAUCGUUAUCAUCGACACGUCGCGAUCACGAGGAAUCAGAUGAUUAUAUAGAAAAGUAUACGGAUCUGUCGGAUCAAAGAUUAAACGAAGAAAAAUAUGAUCGAGAAGUUUUAACAAAUUUCGAUGAUCACAUUGAUGAUCCAUUAUUAUUCGUUAAAUCAUCGAAGGAAGAUGAUGAUGACGAUGAUGAUAAUAAUAGGAUCGUUGUUGUUGAAAGUGAAAGUAGAACGAACGUUUCCUUAGAGAAGAAAGGUGACGUAGAUUUGUCCGUCGAUGAAAUUUGCAAUAACGAAAGAAAAUCUCAUAUACGAAAGGAUAACGAUAAGGAUAUUAUCGAUACGUAUGAUUCGAUAACGACGAUCGUUAAUUUAUCCAAGGACGAUACAUAUUUGAAAAAGUGCGAUUCUAAUGAUACACUUAUAGCGACCGAAGUUUCACAUGAUUUAAGUGUUAAUGAGUUUAACGUUGUGGAUUUGAAUUCUACGAACAUUGCAAGAGAUAUUGAGAACGAUGAAAAAACAAAUCCUUUACGAGCGAGGAGUGAAGGAGGAGAAGGAGGAGGAGGAGGAGGAGGAGGACGAGGAAAAGAAGAAGAAAGGAACGAAGAUAAAGAAGAAGACAAAGGUGGAUCGAGAGAUAUUGAAAUCCCAUUGAUUUUACCUCUACCUGCGGCUCGCGGUGAUGUCGCCUCCUUAGUAAGGAAUCUACUUGGACCAAUUUAUGGCGAUGGUGUUAUCAAUCUUUUGAUAAGACAGGCCCGUGACAUUUUAGUAUGCGCUUAUCAUGGAAACCUGGAGAACUUUGUCAAGUCUUAUCUAUCACCAGCUGCGUUUCUACUCUCCAAGGUGAAAAGCGUCGCCUCAGAAACGGGUAAUGAAUUAGUGGUGCCUGAAGGUUGGCCUCUUACGAUAGGCGGGAGAGCCCUUGUCCUCCAGCUGGGCGAGCUCGAAGCUUCGGCACUAAGACUCGGGGAAUGUUACCUCUGCGUGCGGAGUGCAGCCGUAACUGCGAGCACUUUGUCGAGCGGUGCCGUGGCCGCUGCUGCUGCUGUUGAAAUCGUCGAGCGGAAUACCGUCGAGAUAGCAGUGAUCUGGCGAGCAACGUCGAUGAGGGCCCCAGGGAUCCUCGGUUGGGAGCGCGAGGACGAGUUUAUGGAUUGGCGAGAGCCAUCGCGAAAAACUCAACACGGUUCAACAACAACAACGACAACAACAACAACAACAACAACAAUAACAACAACAACAACAACGACGACAGCGACGACGACGACGGGCCCGAAUAGCGGUGCUAGUACAAGUGCGACAUUGACGGUAGCCCGAGCACGUCGUAGGUCGCGAGAAACUGGUAAAAUUUAUAAGGAAGAGGAAGAUAGAUCGAAGGAAGUUAAAGAAGAAGACAAAGAGUCCGAUGUUGGGCAUACGAUGUUGACGGCUAUGACGCCGGUAACGAAAUCGAGUUCGGUGUCGAGCGUCAUAGGUUGGAAGAACGAUAUAGAAGAUAACGAAGGUGCUUUCGAGAAAUAUUCUCAACAACAACAACAACAACAACAACAACAACAACAGAUACAACAACAAAUACAAGAAGAAUCAUACGAGGAAAGUUUCGAAUCUUUAACUAGUCUUUCGGCAAAAGUGAAAAGGUGCGCCAAAGUAAUAUCAUCAACCACGAUGGAAAAGUGGAAGGAAAGUGGUAGAUGCGAGAUGAGGAGCAGGCCGAUAGCCCCUGAGGAUUUAAAGAGUCCCCUUAGGUUGGAGCAACUCGUAGCAAGGCAGGAAGUUGAUACGAGGAGGGAAACGAGGAAGGAGCAACUCGAGGAACAUCAACAACGGUUCCAGAAGGCUCGACACCUCGAGGACGUUACCGACGAGGAACUGCCGACUUACAUCGCCAAUCUUCUCGUCACCGUUGAACGAAAGAUCGAGAGGGUCUCCCUCGAUGAUCUUACAUUUCCCUGUCCUGCAUGUAGGAACAUAGACACGGACGAUCCUCUUCUUGGAUGCAAGUGUGCCGGUGAGGAUUGUGCCUGCGGCGAACACGGUGCUGAAGACGAGUGUGAUUGCGGUCUGGCAUCUUCCUCUUCUCUAUCUACUAAAUCAAGGAAAGAUCAAUGUGCUAGAAGCUUUGAAGUUGCUGGUAUCAAGCAUAUCGAUAGCGACGACGAGGAGGAAGUUCGUAUGGGAUUCGGAACGAAAAAACGAGUCGACGAAGUCACUUCACCCAGAACGAUUCAUGAUAUACCGGAACACGUUUUGACAUGUGGUCUUACAUUGCCCGGAUAUACGGAUACAGCAGGGAGACCAGUUCUCGAAUUCGAGGACACAACGAAGAGGGAAAACCUCACAGUUAAGGAGAUUUCAUCCUUUUUGCUCUACCUCGCCCGUUUGCCAAGUUCGGAACAGACGAAGGAUGGAUUGAGCCUUCUAAUUCUUGGCGAAUCUAAUGAAUGUUUGGAUCUAUUGGACAAAGCGUUGGUUCUAUUACAAGGAAGAAUCAACGUGAGUCAUGCUUUCGUUUUACGAAGUACCAAUACAGAAAGCUCAAUGAACGACUCCAUGUUACCUCUAAGUCGUGUUAAGACAAUUGUAAUAACAGACACGAUUAACAAUAAAUUUAUACAAAGAGAAAGGCGCGAGGUGAAUUAUGAUCAAACGCAAUGGAUAACAUUUUACAAGGAAUACGAUGGGCUAAUGAGCGAAUGGCAUGCAGCUGGACGAAGAUUAGCGCUCGAAAUGUCAGAGUUAAAGGAAUGCACGAGUUUGUCUGGCACCUUGACGCCUCUCGGUCGGCUCCUAACGGACCCAACAUUGAGAAGAACGUCCAGGGAUGCUGAAGUAGCCAUUGCGGCUUUGGAGGAGCGGGCUACGUCACUUUUACACGUCGAUUACGUCAAAUCAUCUCUACAACGAGCAAGAAGAUUGAUGGAGGAAGUCGGUAACGCGGCAACGAGAUUGGAGUCAUCCUUUGAAUCACGUCGAGCAACUAUACGCAAUCUUGCUGUACUCCGUAGUAUCGAGGAUCAGGCACACGAGGUAUUGUCGUGGCUUUGCAAGAAAGGGGAGGACGUAUUGUCAAAACACGCACAGCACUCGGCGACAACGCUAACGGCAGCACGUCAUCACGAGAGAGAAUUCGAAAAGUUUUAUUUUACGUCGAUGAGACAUAUCGACAAGGGAAGCGACCUCGCAGAGGCGGCGAGUGCGAGCGGACUUCGUGAACUCGCUCGAUCCUUGAAACAACAUCUUCGAGGAUUUGGUUCCAGGUUGGAGGAUCGACGCGAGUAUCUCGAGGAUACGUCGAGAUGUUGUCUAUUGCAGGACCGUGCUUACGAGUGGGCGCAGGAGGCUCGCGUGGCCGCCGAAAGGAGAUCCCAACAAUUUCUAAUGGCGAGGCCACCACUCCCACCGGAACAUUUCAACGAGAUGAUGGCGCUCGCUGAAAAGCUCGGUAACGAGAUACUUCUUGAACAAUGUCGCAUAGCUAGGAAUAAGUGUGCGGAAGCUCUUGAAAUUGCUAGGACUUCUUCGGCACCUGGCUCGCCAGCUAGAAGAAGAUCCUUUGCCACUUCGGAUUCUUCGACAUCGUGGGACGAUAGUUUGACGAAGAGGACUUCAUGGGACGAUAGCGAUAGCACCGCAUCUUACGCAUGUCCGAUGGAAAGUGUUGGAUCCGGUGGAAGCGGAGGUCGGCCGGUAUUGGACAAUAUAGCGGAACUUUGGGAAAGUGCCGAACAACUUCUCGAUUGUUCUCCACCAAGAACACCACCGAGAAGUCCAGCGCCACGAAGAUUGGUCAAACCUCCUGUUAAUUCGCACCUUCAUAGGGCGGCUAGUAUAGCACCCGGAAUGAAAGCAAAAAAAACGAUACUACUUAUAAUGAGAGAGAUGAUACAAACCGAACGAGACUACGUGAAGUCGUUGGAGUAUAUAAUAGAGAAUUACAUACCUGAAUUGGUGCGAGAGGAUAUACCUCAGGCAUUGAGAGGUCAAAGAAAUGUGAUCUUUGGUAAUGUUGAGAAGAUCUAUGAAUUUCAUAGUCAACAUUUUCUACGGGAAUUAGAACAAUGUGAACAAUCGCCAAUGCUCGUGGGACAAUGUUUCCUAAGACACGAAAAGAAAUUUUAUCUCUAUGCUCUAUAUAACAAGAACAAACCAAAUUCGGACUCGUUAAUGGCCGAAUACGGUACGACGUUUUUCAAACAAAAACAAAUGGAACUAGGAGAUAAAAUGGAUCUUGCGAGUUAUCUAUUAAAGCCCGUCCAACGUAUGGGAAAAUAUGCAUUGUUGCUUCAACAAUUGGUAAAGGCAGGGACGGAUCUAUCCGAACAAAUGUCUGGUAAAGAUGAGAAAGAAGAAAAAGAGGAUGGCGUUAAACCGGUAGUAGAGGGGGAAGCUGAUUUAAGGGCUGCAGAACAGAUGGUACGGUUCCAACUUAGGCAUGGAAAUGACCUCCUGGCUAUGGACUCCCUCCGAGAUUGCGAUGUAAACGUAAAAGAGCAAGGCAGGUUAUUACGGCAAAAUGAAUUCUUGGUUUGGCAAGGCAAAGGAAAGAAGUGUCUUCGUCAAGUUUUCCUCUUCGAGGAUCUAAUACUUUUCAGCAAAGCUAGAAGAUUUCCCGAUAGAAAGAACCUUGAUAUAUACAUCUACAAGCACAGCAUCAAAACGACGGAUAUAGGUUUAACCGCUGUUAUCGCGGAUUCACCAACUAAAUUCGAGAUUUGGUUCCGCAAGAGGAAGCCCGGAGAUACUUACACGUUGCAAUGUGCAAGCGAGGAGAUAAAAAAAGCUUGGACCGAGGAAUUGAGCAAUCUUCUUUGGAAGCAGGCGCUUCGAAACAGAGAAGUGCGCCUGGCGGAGAUGUCGAGCAUGGGCAUAGGAAAUAAACCUUGUUUGGACAUUAGGCCUAGCGCUAAUCAAAUAAACGAUCGUUCGAUCAGCGUAGCUCAACUAUCAAAAACACCCAGAUUUAGAAACUCGAUAGCGGUCUCGAUGUCAGAGGAUUCUGGACGUUGCAGUAGAAGACCACAUAGUGUCAUUUCAGUAAGUUCAUCCUCGAGUAGCGGUGGUAGCAGUGGACCACCAACCACCCAUAAUCUCGGUUUGGAUACCAGUCCUCGACCUCAUCAUCGAAGCACUACUUUGAAUAGUCAGUGCAGCGUCGAAAGCGGAAUAAUAGCUGAUAUAUCGAUCGUCUCGGACGAUGGAGGUGAUGGUACCGAAAGGAGCCAUUGGAAUUCGACGUUGGAAAGCCCAAUGUCGCAUUUACCGACAACGUCGACGCCAUUACAAUCGCCGAGCAGUGCAACGAUGGCAACAGUUACCACAGCUUCAUCAUCGGAUACCAAUCUUACGCCUUACGAUCAAGACAUGUCCAUCAAUCUUUGAACUAUAAAUCGUUCGACGACGUCCAAACGAGUUGAAACUCUCGAAAGGACAGAAAAUAGAUAACGCGUGGUGUUGAUUCACUCGCAUUAACUACUACAUAAAUACGUCUAUGUCUGUACCUAUCUAUCUAUCUAUCUCUCACACUCUUUCUCUCUCUCUCUUUCUCUCUCUCACUCUUUCACUCUUUCUCUUUCUCUCUAUCUUUUUCUCUCUCUCUCACUCUCUCUCCCUCUCUCUCCUCCCUCUCUCUCCCUCUCUCUCUCUCUCUCACUCUCUCUCUCUCUCUCUCUCUCUCUCUUACGUUCGAUGUAGCGUGAUGCAUGGUGGUCUAUAAGUGGCAUAUUAGAUACAUAGGUGCAAAGAGAGAGAGAAAUAAUAAUAUUCUACGGGCGUAACGUAGCGUUUAAACUAUAUAAUAAUUUUUUUCUUCUGCGAAGGUAAUUAUACCGUUAAAAUGAAACAAAUAGGGAAGGAAAAGGAAUAGGAAAGAAAAAGAAAGAAAAAGAAAGAAAAACGAGAAAGAAAGAAAGAAAGAAAGAAAAAGAAUUCUGAAAGGAAGAAGGACGAGUAAAAAAUUGUGCGUUUGGAAGACGACAGUGUUCAAUCGACUAAUCGCUCUUGAAUUACGCUUUUUAAAGACGAUUUCCUCUGCGACCUUCGACCGUUGUAAUCACGCUGAUCGAAAAGAAAAGAAAAGAAAAAAAAAAUAAAUAAAAAAAUAAAAAAAAACACGGAACGACCCGUUCCCGUCGUCGAUUGCUGUCCAAGAGAGUCGUGCGACGCUAAUAUUGAAAUAAAUAAAUGAAUACAUAAAUAAAUAAACAAACAAAUAAAUAAAUAAAUAAAUAAAUAAGUAAAUAAAUACUACCGAGUGAGUCUAUCUUUUGAUACGCUUUAAUUCCGCGGGCACAGCGCGAUAUUAAUUAUGUUUGUCGACGCCGACCUUAAAAUCGUGUUAGCAGGAUCACUGAUUUUUUCCAAAAGCAAACACGAUACGUAUUUUCUUAUUAAAGAAAAAAAAAAAUAAUAAAAUAAAAUAAAAUAAAUAAAUAAAAAAUACAAAAAAAAAAAAAAAAUAAAGAAGAAGAAAAACAAUCUUUCCGAUUUCGUAAUAUCGUAUGUUCGAAAACAUAAAAUAUAUUUUACGUGCGUUUAGAUAAGUACGCUCUUCUCCUUACCGACGUAAAUAUACGCUACAAUAUUACAUUAAAUUCGGUGACAUUAUUGCACCAAUAAUCGGUCUAUGUUUAUUAAUUUAAUGUUAUUUUUUUCUGUUUCUUAUCUUUUUUCUUUUCUAGUUUUUUUUUCUUUUCCUUUUUUUUUUUUACUUCUUCAUAUUGGCACUCCAAAUAAUCAACGAUCGAAGGAUUCUUCAUAAUUUUCAAUAAUACUUUUCACGUACUUUUUAAAUACUCCUCUCUCUCUCUCUUUUUCUCCUUUUUCUCUUUCUCUCUCUCUCUCUCUCUCUCUCUCUCUCUCUCUUUCUCUCUUUUAUACUUUUAAUUUAUAUAUUGUAAGUAAUAUUCCAACUCCACAUUGUGUUCGCUCUGUACAUCUUUGGAAAGUAAAUUUUACUAUUACGAUCCCAAGAUAAGAUCCAAAGGAGAGGGACCUUAUUGUCUUCGGAAUGAUCAUGUUAGUUGCAAUAGGGUUUUUUCUUUUUUUCCUUUCUUUUUCUUCUUUUUCCUCUUUUUCUUUUCUUUUUUGUCACUUUCGAAGAAAUUUAGUUUCCAUUAACGAUUACAAGUUCCUUCGGGAAUGUCAAAUUAAUGCGCACACAUAAAUAUAUAACAUUUUGUAAUAUAAUGUAAUAUUAAAGAUUUAUACUCUUUCUCUCUCACUCUCUCUCUAACUCUAUCUCUAUCUCUAUCUAUCUAUCUAUCUAUCUAUCUAUCUAUCUAUCUCUCUCUCUCUAUGUAGCCACACAAGUAAUAUAAUCGAUAGUGCGUAUAUUACUUUCAGAUUAUAUUUCAAAUAUACAUAAUAUUAUAUUCUUUUUAUGUCAGUCAUUUAUAAAACCUCUUAUCACACCCGUAAUUUUAAUAGAUUUUAUUGUGGCCUGUGUUAAAACAAAAAGUAAGGAAAAAAGAAUUUCUUUUUUAUUCUCUCUUUUUCUCUUUCUCUCUCUCUCUCUCUCUCUCUCUUUCUCUCUUUUCUCUCUCUCUUUCUCUCUCUCUCUCUCUCUCUCUCUUUCUCUUUCUCUUUCUUUCUUCAGUAAUUUUAGCGCGCUUUUUUUUAUUAAAAAAAAAAAAAAAAAAAAAAAAAAAAGAUCUACCGUUUUUGAUAAUACACAUUGUGGAUAAAUGUUUUGGAAAAGCUUAUGAUAAAUUUCAAUGGUAAGCUUAGCUUAAGACAGUCCACAAAUAUUUUGCGCUGCCUGUUGUUGUUAUUGUUGUCUUUUUUUUUUCGGUUUCUCACAAAUCAAUAUUGCAGUUUUGAUUAUGAUUUCUUAUACAUACAUACAUAUACAUAUAUAUAUAUAUAUAUUCAUAUGUAUAUAUGUAUAUAUAUAUUCCAACUUUUCAUAAACUAAUAAUAAUACAUUCCUUUUAUCGUAUAAGCGGAUGAAUGGUACUAUUUUCUCAAACAUUAUAUAUUAUGCAAUAUUUAUAAUGAAAAAGUCUGAAAUAUCUGGCCUGAAAGGAGAGAGAUCAUAAUCACCUGCAUCAAACAUUUAAGCCAUUGAAUGAGAGUGGUGUGAAUUAAUAAUCCGAAUUGAAAAUGGCAAAGCUCCAUGUACGUAGAUUGUAAUCCUUUUUUUUCACUUAGUUUUUUUUUUUUUGUUUUUCUUCCUCUUCGUUUCUUUUUCACAACAACGUCUAAUCUAUUCUUUUUUUAUUUUUUUUUUCUCUCAUGAUAAAGUACGAUAUUUAAUUUAUUUAUUAAGUCAAUACGUAAUUAUUAAAUUGUUCUUUUUUUUUUCUUCUUCUUCUUCUUUAAAGAAAAAAUCAUAUAAAACGAUUUCAAGAAUUUGUGUAUUAAUCCGAAAUGUAUAUUGAAUAAUAAUGUUAUACACCACUCUUAUUUGAUCUGACUUAUUUAAGACUGGUGUCUUAUAUAUGUCAACGCAUUUGUAGUUGAAUACAUAGAGAACACAUUGGUACUACAUGUAGCAAAAUCAGAAUUUUCCUUUUAAUAUAAUUCUGUGUUGUUAUUAUAUUGCUUCUCCAAGUAAGUCAACUCGUGAGUUAGCCAUUCUUAUUGCCAAGGUCUACCAAGGUAUCGUAAUUAUACCUUAUGGAAAAUGACCAAAUUAAUUGUUUAUUUUAUAUGUUGGAAAGAAGAAAAGAGUUUAAAGUUAAAAGAAAAAAAAAAAGAAAAAAAAAUACAAAAAAAAAAGAACUUAGAAUAUAGAUCGUAGGAAACUAAAAAAGAAAAAAAAAAGGAUAAAAAAAAAGAAAAAAAAAAUUAAUUCUUGACACACAGUCUGAUGCACCCAAUGGAAGAGAUUUAUAAUCCAAAUAAUUACAUUGAUAUGUUUAUUUUCUUUGACAUUUUUUUUUUCCUAAUUUUCAGCCAGAAGAUAAGAAGAAAUAUAUAUAUAUAUAUAUAUAUAUAUAUAUAUAUAUAUAUAUAUAUAUAUAUAUCUUUUUCUACAAUUUAGAUUUUAUAAAAGGAAGACCAGAAAAAAAAAAUAUAUAUAUAUGUGUAUGUAUAUAUAAAACAUACGCCAUACAUCGGUGCACCUGGCUGAGCGUCCUAAUCUUUGAAAGUAAAACCGAAACGAACGAAAGUACGUAAAUCUUUUCUAUUUUCCACGAGACUAUUCGUUUGGUAUUGCUUUUAAAACGAAGGAUGCUUAAUUAAUGAUAAUAUAAAUAUGAUAGAGAGUAAAAAUCUCGUAAAAAAAAAAAGAAAAAAAAAAUCGAUACACGUCGAUAGUCAUUUUAAUAUUUACAUGCUCUUAGAUAUUUAUUAAUAUUUUUUUAAGUAGAAACUUUUAGUCCUUAGAUUUAAGUAAUUUGCAUUACCAUUAAUAAAAUGUAUAUAUAUUAUAUUAUAUAACACAAUUGUGUGUUUCAGUAUUGUAAUGUGUCUAACACCGAUGUAUUUUAUUAUUUGCUAAAUAUACUGUAUUGGGUGCCUUUUGUAGUGAACCCCAAAACGCUAAUUAA